AUGGCUUUCUCACGGCUCCUAACCGUUGUUUCUUUCCUGUCACUCGCUAUCCUCUCGACCGCGGCGCCCUCUUCAUCCUCUUCGAUAUCAGCACUUAAUAAACGCGCCGAAACCAUCAAAUUCGAUAUCACAUUAACAUGGGAAGACUACUCGCCUAAUGGAGGAGCAUCGCGCAAAAUGAUUCUCACCAAUGGCACCUUCCCCGGGCCUCCCCUGAAGAUGAAGGUUGGCGACUCGGUCGAAUUCCUCGUCCAUAAUCACCUCCCCGACCCAACGACCAUUCACUUCCACGGUAUUGUUCAAACGGGGACACCUUGGUCGGAUGGGGUCCCCGGUCUGACGCAAUACGCCAUUGCUCCCAACAGCUCGUUCCUGUACAAGUGGACCGCCGAUGCGUCGGGUGUCUACUUCUACCACUCCCACUACCGCUCCCAAAUCAUGGACGGCUUGUACGGCGCCAUUAUCAUUCAGCCCGCUGACGAGGCCGACAAGCCCUUCUCAUUGAUCAGCAACGAUACGGCGGCGGUAGAGGCCAUGCAGAAGGCAGACGAUAACUUGCAAACCAUCUUUGUGUCCGACUACAACAAGUAUACUUCUGCUGAGAUCCACGAGCAGCAAGAAGCUGCCAACAUUGACUUUGCGUGCGCCGACUCUAUCAUCUUGAACGGCAUGGGUUCGCAAUACUGCUUGACUCGCGAUGAAUUGACGGCCUACACCAGCUCCAAGGUGGCUUCCUUGCUGGCCACGGUCAGCCCUUCUGAAUUGACCGAUAAGGGCUGCUUGCCUCCUGACACGCCAGCGACUCAGGGCAACUUCACCUUCGACAUCGCGUCCCUCCCGGCGGAUGCCUACGGUACAUGUACCCCUUCCACUGGUGAAAUGGCAGUUUUCGAUGCCGAUCCAUCCCUUGGCUGGGUGGCCUUGACCUUUAUCAACCCCGGUGGCUAUGAACUCCUGAAAUUCACCAUUGAUGCCCAUAAGAUGUGGGUUUAUGCAGUGGAUGGUGGCUACAUUUAUCCCAAACUCGUAGACCAGAUCACCAUUAACAACGGUGACCGAUACUCGGUCCUGGUGCAGCUCAACCAAGCCCCAGCGCAAUAUGCCAUCCGUGUUGCCAACUCGGGUCUCAACCAGGUCAUUAGCGGCUUCGGUAUCCUGAACUACUUGGGCUCGACCGGUCCUGCCAGCUCGGACCCCAACGCUCUGGCCGGAAUGGAUUUUGCAGGGAACAACUUGACUGUUUUGGUGCCUUUCAGCGACAACAUCGCCUCCCCUUACCCACCCAAUGCCCCAGCACCAAGCGCUGAUGUUACCUACAUCAUGGACAUCAAGAAACUGGGCGAACCAUACGGUGCUUACGAAUGGACCCUCAGCGGUGUUAAUGGAUUCAACAGUACCAUGGAAGAUAUUGACCCUCUUCUGUUCGAGGAUCCGUCCACCAUCACCGCCAACGAUCUCAUCUACAAGACCGCCAUGGGCCAAUGGGUCGACCUGAUCAUCAAAACCGAGGGACCUCUCGCGGCUCCUCACCCUAUGCACAAGCACUCCAACAAGGCCUAUGUCUUGGGCAAGGGAGUUGGGACAUGGAACUGGACCACUGUCGAUGAAGCGGUCGCUGCUCUACCUCCCGAUACCUUAAACUUCGUCGACCCCCCUCUUCGCGAUGGGUACACUACCCAAGGUUCCCAAGGCAACGACACUUGGAUGGUCAUCCGAUACAACGUCGUCAAUCCUGGUGCCUUCCUGUUCCACUGCCACGUGCAAACGCACGUGGCUGGCGGUAUGGCCAUUGCCUUCCUCGAUGGUGUUGACGACUGGCCGGAGGUUCCCGACGAAUAUAAAGACGGCAACGGCAUCAUCUACACCAAGCUCAAGAAGAAGGGCAAACUCCACCCCAAAGCAUAA